GAAGCGGAAGCUGUGGGCCGGACUCUCUUUCACAGAGGAGGAGGAGCCCGCAGCGGCCUCUCUGCCCGGUCAGGCGGGGCGGGAAGGAAGCGGAAGGCGAGGAGCCAGGAAGGAAAGGAGGAAGGAAGGAAGGAAGGGAGGGAAAACCGCCACGCCAGGCCUCCAAAAAAAAUGUCUGAAGGAGACAGUACUGGUGAUUCCAUCCAUGGCAAACCUUCAGUGGUCUAUAGGUUUUUCACAAGACUCGGGCAGGUAGGUUCCACACAUAAUUCUUUUUGUGAAUGUGACAUUCUGCCUUUCCUCUCUCCUCUCUUUCCUUUCCAGGGUUGGUACAUUGUGACAUACGCCUUGGGCAUCUACCACCUAAACCUUUUCAUAGCUUUCUUGUCGCCAAAGGUAGAUCCCUCUUUAAUGGAAGAUUCAGAUGAGGGUCCUUCAUUACCCACAAAACAAAAUGAGGAAUUCCGGCCCUUCAUUCGAAGGCUGCCAGAGUUCAAGUUCUGGCACUCGGCUACGAAAGGCAUCCUGGUCGCAAUGACGUGUACAUUCUUUGAGGCUUUCAACGUUCCAGUGUUUUGGCCCAUUCUCGUGAUGUACUUCAUUAUGCUUUUCUGCAUCACCAUGAAGAGGCAAAUCAAGCAUAUGAUAAAAUACCGAUAUAUACCCUUCACGCACGGCAAGAGGAAAUAUAAAGGGAAGGAAGAGGUGGGGAAGGCCUUUGCGAGCUAGGAUCUCCCCCUUGAGCCUGAUGACCAACUCCUUAUACAUUGUAAUUAAAAAGACCGGUUUUGAGCCAUUGUAA